AUGUCCACAGAGGGCGAUGCAAGUUCUGAACUCUCCGAGAGCAAAGAGAUUUUAAAUCAUUCUAGUACUGAUACCAGUAGUAGUUGCGUUAUUGAGGUUGAUUCAGGAGAUUUUAAGAAGGAUUGGAACAUUCACUCGAGUGAAUCGGAGAAACAAGAUGAAUUAAAAGCAGGUACCAUCAUACAACAGUUGAAUGAAUUGGAAAUCACACCUAAAGUGCAUCAUCCCCAUGACGGGUGUAAUGAGGACUUGAAUCAUGAUGCUACUAGUCUCCAUCCUAAUGUUAUUGAAAAUGAUCAUUCCAACUCUGAAACAAGCCAAGCAGAGAAUGCUCCAGAGAGUAGAAUCCCUUGUACGUGCGUUAGGGUAGAAGACUCUAAUACUUACUUUCCAUUAUUUUCAGAAUUCAUUGAUUCUAACAGCCCACUGAUGGCAUGGGUGAACCAUCUAGCCGAUCAUGUUCGUGAAAAGCCUUCUCAAUUGGAAAUGAAAAUGUCCAAGGAAGAGAUUAAGGUAAAUUUAUUGAACGCAUAUAUGAGGGUUUUAUCCGGCGAAACUUGUUGUGAGGAACGCUUUGACUAUGCACAAUGGCAGUUGCGAGCUUUUCAAAUGAAGGAAUACACUGAAAGAGUUUUAGAAUUACUUGGAUUUAAUGUAUCAACGGGAUUAUCAUCUCACAGGCAAAUGGCAUUUAAAAAAGAUUUUAAUAAUUCAAGAUCAUCCUUCCUUCCAACACGAUCGAAAAGCGAUGAGAGUGAUGUAUAUACGUUUCUUGAUGAAUGUUUUUUGAGCAGAUUUAAAAAGUUCUCUCAUGACAAAUUUGUCUUUGAUAAGGCAGAAGAUUUAAAACCAUUUUAUGCAAAGAUCUCAGAGUCUCUGAAGGACAAGGAGAAGAUUCCUUUCCGAAUUACCAACUAUCUAAGAGAAUACAUUCACAAUAAUGCAACGAUUCUUGUCUCAUAUUUGAAGCAUUGUGUUGAGAAUAGAGUGAAUAUUGACACCAAUUUGAGAUGUAUAAAUGAAUUUAGAUAUAGCUGGGAGAGAAGAAACACAUGGAUUUCUUCAGAAAACCACUUGGAAGUGAUUCAUUUGCAAUGGAUAACAGGAAUGCUUGUCGAUUUCGGACUGAAUGUAAAGAAAAAUUGUAAAGUGACACCAAGUGCAGGAAUUUCAAGAAUGGAUUCCCAGUAUUGUCAACCAGAUGUUUGUGUUGAAGAGAAGGCAAUUUGUAUGGAAUACAAGCUUGAGAAUGUGACUGAAUUUUUGCCAGACAUCAGAAAAGUGUGUAUUCUUCCCAUAGUACUCAUGAAGGAACACAAUUUGAAAACAGGAAUGGGACUUUUGGCUGAUCGCAAACAUGCAUAUGUCUUUUGUAUUAAGAAACAGUUUAACAUGGUCUUAGAAUGGGAGUAUUGUCAGUGUUUCGAUUUGGAAGAUUUGGGAGAGAGAUGUUUAUUGUUUGUGGUGCUGAUAAAAUGGUUGGCCAAUGCAUGUGAAGACAAUGAAUUCAUCCUCAAAGAAUGGGAUGAUUUGUAUGAAUUGGCCGAGACCUGGAAUGAAGGAAAGACAUCACACAACGAAAAUGCAUCAAACAAAAAAACAAACCAAUCAUCUCAAGAAUCUUCAAAUAGAUUUGUUCCAAAUGCACCACCUUCAAAAAAUCAAUCAAGCAACAUGAACUCACACAACAAUUCACAACAACGCAAACUCAUCAUGUUGCAAAGAAAGACCAAAGAGAGGUCCAAAAUAAUUUUAAAUGAUGUUUCACAUUUUGUAAGAAGAAAAGAGUCUUGUGAAAAGUAUUAG